GCUGGCAGAGCGAUGGGCACCUCACCCCGGCUCCCCUCCCCCAACCCCGUCGCCCCGCCCGCGCUGGGCUCGGCGGCGGGUCGGGGGCCGAGCGGAGCUGGUUAUCAUUUAGUAUGGAAGAAGAUGAGUUCUUUGGAGAAAAAACAUUCCAGCAUUGUUGUGCAGAAUUCAUUAGACAUUCACAGCAGAUAGGUGAUGGUUGGGAAUGGAGAACUUCAAAGGACUGCUCUGAAGGCUACAUGUGCAAAACACACUUUCACAUUAAACCUGAGACUCUGACGUCACAUUCGAGAACAUCUGCCUCUGUACAGACAUGUCUUCCCAUGGAGGAGGCUUUAGAGUUACCCCUGGAUGAUUUUGAAGUGACUGAGACCACACCGGGAAGCGAAGUGAUUAAAUAUGAAUAUCAUGUUUUAUACUCCUGUAGCUACCAAGUGCCUGUGCUUUACUUUAGGGCAAGCUUUUUAGAUGGAAGACCUUUGGCUCUGAAGGACGUAUGGGAAGGAAUCCAUGAGUGCUAUAAGACACAGCUGCUGCAGGAGCCGUGGGACACUAUUACCCAACAGGAGCAUCCAAUACUUGGGCAGCCUUUUUUUGUACUUCAUCCCUGCAAGACGAAUGAAUUCAUGACUCCUGUGUUAAAGAAUUCUCAAAAAAUCAAUAGGAGUGUCAACUACAUCACCUCAUGGCUGAGCAUUGUAGGGCCAGUUGUCGGGCUAAAUCUACCGCUGAGUUAUGCCAGAGCAUCCUCUCCAGAUGAAUGAACUGUCAGGCAGCGAGGUAAAAAGGAAAGCCUGCACUGAAUGUUUUAUUAUGACAAAGAUCCUGUUGUCUCUGUUACACGUAGGGUCCUUACUGGCCCCGUCAAAUGUUAAGUCUUCUUUCAUCUGUAAUAGGAUGGACAUGGACUGUUUAGCUUUUCAACCAGCCAGUGCCCCGUCAUUGAGGAAACGUUGGAGUUUGCUACAAUAACACUCACCCAAACACAGGAGUGGAUGGCUUUAUUUCAGAAUUGUAAUAAUUCUUUUUUGCUCAGUUAACUUUCUUUUAUUCUCUUGGCUUUUGUUUUGUUCUUGUUCUUCACUUUCUUCUGUUGAGCCAAAGAACUUAGAAAAUUGUGGCAUGAAGAACCCCAAAAAUAUACUUGGCCAGCUCUGGUUUUAAUAGGACAAAUACCAGAUAGUAUUUUGACUCACCAAAAUUUUGAUGUGGAUUAUUUUUUCCACUGAAAGUAAAUGUCUAUAGUAGCUGAUAUACUCUAUACCUAAUCUGGAAUAAUUUUUGGUUUGGAAAUGCUUGUUUUGUUUUUCAUUUUAACUUGGCAGGGGCUGAAACUAAGAUAAAAUGUAAUUGUCUUGUUAGAGAAUCUAAAUUAGUGUCUAUCAGUGAGGGAUGUACUUUAGAAUCACCUGAGGAUUUUCUAUGACUACAAAUACUUGGGACCACUUUCUGAAACAGCCUCUUUGGGGUGGUUCUGACCCACCUGGUUCUGGAGAACCUCUGAUCUGGAUGUACCUUCAGUAUGGCGUUUAUUUGUAUUGUUUUGGUUUCCCAACAGGCCUUUUCCACUUCUGUGUGAGCUUUAGUGAGUCUGACUUACUUUCUACCAUUUGUCUGGACUUUGCCCCAGGCCUCCUGGUUGUUAAGAACGCCUAGACAUUUGUUCAUGAGGCAGCCCACUCGGAGGAAGCCGUCAGGGUGAGGGGGUUACCUACUGGCCAAAGACAGAAGACUGCCUGCACUUUUAGUCUGUAGGUUCGAGGCUGAGCUCUCACACGGGGAGUAGAAGUAGAGAAUGGGUUAAUUCAAACUGCUAGAAAAGCUAAAAGUAAAUUUUAAAAUGCUGAGCUGCACAUAUUCAUGCUGGGAUGAGAGCCUGCUUACAUGCUUGCUGGGCAUUUUGGUAUUUACCACUUAACAUCUUUUCAGGUUCUGCAGGGAUUUUCAUCACCCCCUCCCCCACCUCCGACUCUCCCUAAUGUAAACAUAGAUUUCUCAGCAAGUCAUUUCUCAGACCAUGUCAUUUCAGGGGUAAAAAAAAAAAAAACAACUAAAUAAAUCAUAAUAAUGUGUCACUAGAUGAUGUACUCGUUUGGAAAUUUUAGCUACCCUUUGCUAACAUAUUCUGAGGUGAUAGUAUCCAUCACAUAGGGACAAUGUGAACGUUUUCUGUUGGUGUUAGUGAGGUUCUUAAGUUAAUUUUUUUUCUCUGCUCAAUGAAGACCUUAAAAUUCAUCAGUGGCAGAAAAAAUUCUGAAAAGCUCUUGUAGGUCAUAAAGACCACUCUCCCAGAUAGAUCUCUCUCUUCUGGCAGCUCUGUUUCUAUUCCUUUUCAGAAUAGUUUUUGCUUUAAAAAAAAAAAACUUUUAAUCUUUGAUAGAUAAAUAUUUCCAUUUUUAAGAAUGCAGCUACAUAACAGACUAUUAUUCCAACAGUCAUUGGAAAAUAUUUUGUUUUCUCAAAGUAACAGCUCUUUCUCUGCAAUGUGAGGAUUUUUCCUCUGAGUUUCUUCUUCAGUUAAUAUAAUGUAAAACCCCUUCAGUCCGAAAUAAUGCUGGUUAAAGUUACCAACCACUAUCCUAAACUGCUUGUGUGUAGCCUUGGAAAACUUUCUUCACCUCUUUGGUCCUCAGCUAUGUGAUUUGUGAGACCAACUGUAAUUCUUGAUCUAUGAAAUAGGAGAAGUGUUGAAUCUAGACUGUGAGUUUGGUUAGGUGCCAGCUGUGUGACUUGGGCUAAAUUUCCUAAUCUCCUUUAGUCCUUUACCAUUUCUAUUUUUAAAAAGUCCAUUAACAUUCGUCCUACUCACUUAACAAGAGCAGGGAGAUGAAAAUGCUAGCUAAGUCAACCUGAAUGAGCUCCAUAACAACACAGUGCCACACAAAGGGAUAGUUAGCCCCUGCUCCUUUCCAGUGUCAGUAUGCAUUCUGACUUCCUUCUACCUUGUGUCAGGCCUGACUCUUCCCAACCAAACGGGCUCCUGAUCAGGCAGCUCAUCUCCACCCACAUCCUUAUCUGACUGUUGCUCAUGCUGGUUCCCACCUGGAUAUGCUUCCUUCUCCAUCUCUCUACUCAGUUCUCAACCUAGUCCAUAUAGUUCACGCUUGCAAAGCCAUCUCUGACCACCAUAGCCCCCACUCGUCAACCUCUCCCUCCAUUACUCACUGCAUUUAGUCAUAGUAGCAUUUAAUUUCAUUCUGAUCCCCUCCUUAAUGAUGGAUAGUAAAAUAAAUUACUGACCCAAUUUUUUAGUAUGUUAUAAAGUAGCGUGCACAGAAGAGUUGCCGUCUGCCCUUUGUAAGUGAUCCAGGGAAGGCUCUCGGUCCAGGGAUUCGAGUGGGUGAGCCAGAGGCUGUGUUGGUCAUCUGGUACCAUAGCCUACAGAUUGGGGGCUAUAAAACCAAAACUAACCAUCCUCCUAACACAGAUGUAUUAAAAUAAAGAGAAAAAAGGGAAGUUAAAACUGGGUUUUUCUUCCCGUUUAAAAAGUGAAAACCAUUUUUCCUGAGAUAGGUAUAGUUUUUAUUCAUACUCUCAAAAUAUUAGAAAAUGAAGAUCUGCAUUGUCAGAACCAGCUCUUACAUAAUUCAAAGAGCUGAUAUUCCAGUACUUUUUUUUUUUUUAGGAUUAAAAUGUGAGAAUAAGAAUAUGCAAAUAUUCACUCCAGCAGAUACUUAAUGAGUUUCUCUUGUGCCCUGAGCCCUGGGUUAGCUGCCAGGGAGGACAAACGGGAAGAUGUGACCCUGGUUCAUGAGAAUGCCACAGUCCAGUGAAAAAGACAGACAGGAAGAAGAUUCAGGGACAGUAGGAUGUGUGCUGUGGCCAACGAAUAGAAAGCCAGCGCCCUGGAAGAUUUGCAGAAGAGGAAAGUGAGUGGAGUUAUGAAAAAUCUAAGAUUUAGCCAGGUCAAGAAUGGAGGAAAGGCUUUGAAAAUGCAUGGGGAAAUGGUAUAGAGUGAGGCUGGCUAGCAGGACUGGGGCCAGGUCUGGAGGAGUUUUAUUGCCACAUUGAGAAUUUGCAUUUGGCCUAAGAAACAAAGAACCACUUAGGGAAUGCAAGUAGAAGAGUUGAAGUGAUCACGUUUGUAUUUUAAAAAGAUCCUAUAUUUUUUAAAUGAUGAUUGUACAUAACUAAUCAUAUAUCCACUUUGUCAUUUUUUUUCACAAGCCAGUACUUGUCCACAGGCUCUAGAAGUUAGGAGUGCAGAAAGGACUGGGAGUAUGCCAAGAUAUUUUUCAUUUUUUGCCCAGGAACUCCCAAAACCAAACCUACCAGUGUUCUAGAAUGCGUGCGUCCUGGCUCUGUUACCUGGGGCAAGUCACUGCACCUCUCUGAGCCUCUCUUCCCUAAUGUUGUAAAUGGAAGGAAGUGUAUUAGAUCAAGUAAAAUCCAGUUAUUAGUUUA